AUGACUAAUCGAGGAGUAGUAAAGGCUUUUCUUCCGUACGCCCUACUGGCAAGUGCACUAUUUAUACUGCUGCAGAGCAUUCCAAUAGGUGCGGGAAUUGUAACCAUUGCAUUAUCACUGAUAUGGUACAGCAGCCGCUGUUCGGUUGAUAUCACAAAUGUAGAAUUUCUUAAGCUGCACGACGUACCCCACCACAGAGGGGAAGUGUCCGCUCUUGUGACGUCACAAUGGCCCGUUCCCGUGACCGCCGAGGGAAUCGAGGAAGCUAACUUUGUGCGCACCUCAAGCUUGAAUGAAUCUUGCGACACCCUGCCUUGUCAUUUACUCGCUCUAGCGUCGAAGAACGGUAUCAGGCAGGUUGUUGCGCACUGUGUCUUGCGAGAAACUUCGUCUUCCAGACCGCAAGACAUAAACAGAUAUCUGAAAAUGCUGAAAAUUGGCCUGCCUCACGCAGCUGUACAACAAGCCAUGGAAACGGCAGGUUUAGAUCCCUCAAAAUUACCCGAUCAUUUCGAGGAAGUAGAGUUUCGUACCAAAGACAUAAACAGAUAUCUGAAAAUGCUGAAAAUUGGCCUGCCUCACGCAGCUGUACAACAAGCCAUGGAAACGGCAGGUUUAGAUCCCUCAAAAUUACCCGAUCAUUUCGAGGAAGUAGAGUUUCGUACCACGCAUAAUCUGGGAGAACUUCAAAACGUCAAUCUAUCUGCUCUCGUUGUGAAACCCGAGUUCCGCGGUCGUGGCCUGGGGAAGGCUAUGUGCGCGUACGCAGCUCAGGUAGCUUCCGGUCUAGGUGCACAGGAAGUUAUAGGAGGCUGCCUUGAUGAAUUACUUCCCUUUUAUGGCAAACUUGGUGUUAAAAAAAGGAAUGCUAAGACGAGAGAAGGUAUACCUAAGAUACGGCUUGGAAAUGAAAUGUUUCUUACGCUAGAUGACGAUGUUCUUAAAAAAGCGGAGAAGAUUCUUGAUGAGUCUAAGUCCAAAUAA